AUGGUCUUCGGCCGUCAACUCCGAUCCAUCCUCCCUGCUCACAAAUCCUCGUUCGAUCCCAGAUGGCGGGAGAUCAUGGAAGCCCGCGAUCGGCAGCUGGAGCUCGACGGAGCCGUGAAAUGGAUAUAUGACGAGCGGGCUCGCCCACUAUCACCACUCCUCAUCGGAUCCCGGGUUCGUGUUCAAGACACGUCAACUCUACUAUGGGACAAGGAAGGCGUCGUCGUGAACGUGGGCAAGUAUCGUUCAUAUCGAGUCAAAUUCGCCAGCGGGAGUGUGCUAUGGCGGAAUCGACGACAUCUGCGGCCACUGAUUACUGACAAUGAACCGGCCCCGCCACCAUCCGGCACCGCUUACAAGACGGACAACGACGGCGACAUCGGCGACGAUCCAGCCCCUGAUCCAGACGCGGCUCAUCAACAAGCGGUUCCACCGGCACCAUCCAUUCCACGACGAAGCGGGCGAAUCCACAAACCGAAUGUACGAUUUACCGUUUAA